AAACACAGCAAAGAUGCCUCGUCAAUCUCGUGGUCCUGCCCGCCCCGCCGCUCCUCCCGCGCGCGCCCCGGCUCCCCAGCAAACCCGCCAGGCCUCCACCGCCGCUUACCCUCAACAGCGCCCUGCCGCCGCCGCUCCUCCUGCGCCCGUCCAGCAACAGCAAGCACCCGCCGCGAGCGGAGGCUCAGGCCUGUUCGGCCAGAUGGCCAGCACCGCAGCUGGUGUCGCCGUCGGCUCUUCCAUCGGCCACGCCAUCGGCGGUUUCUUCGGUGGCGGAUCCUCCGCUGCUCCUCCCGCUGCGCCCGUCGAGUCGCUCCAGGCACAGCAGCAGACCAACUACUCGGCGCAGAACGCCGCCACUGGUGCUUGCGCGACGGACGUCAACAACUUCCGUAAGUGCAUGGAUGAGAACCAGGGCAGCUUGUCGAUCUGUGGAUGGUACUUGGACCAGCUGAAGGCUUGCCAGGCGGCGGCUGGACAGUACUAGAUGCAGUGAAGAGAAUCGGAGCGGAGAGAGAUAGAGAGCAGGGGGAUGAGAUGCGAUGAUAGAUUUUCAUGUAUCAUAGGAAGAAGAGGGCGGCGGGUGUGGUGAAGGACAUGGUGUGUUGGAUUAUACUUCCAAAAAGUCAUUGUCGUUUUCCACUCGAAAAGAGAGCAAAGCACGAAAAAAGAAAAGUCUCCUCACUCAGAUAUAUCACAAAAAAAGUUGAACUCUUCUCUUCG